AUGGCUUUGGACGAACAGGUGCAGACAAUGAGCAUCGAGGAAGGAAGAGUUAUUGCAGAGCCCACGGAAGUGUUGGAAGAUGUUCUUUUGCAAGAAGAUGAUCCUCAGAAAUUUACCAGAAUUGGAACAUGUAUGAAGGAGAAGGCAAGAGAAGACCUCAUCCAGUUCCUGAGAAAAAGUAUCGACGUUUUUGCAUGGAGUCAUGAUGACAUGCCAGGAAUCGACCCAAGUGUGAUCACUCAUCGAUUGAAUGUAUACCCCUUUUUUAAGCCUAUCCGUCAGAAGAAGAGGGUAUUCGCUCCCGAGAGGGACAAAGCAAUCAAGGAAGAGAUUCAAAAACUGACCACGGCAAAGUUCAUUAAGGAAGUCUAUUACCCGGAUUGGUUAGCCAAUGUGGUGAUGAACGCAGGGGCAACUUAUCAAAGGUUAGUGAAUCACAUGUUUCGUCCACAAAUAGGACGGAAUGUGGAGGUUUAUGUCGACGACAUGCUUGUGAAGAGCAUAGAUGAGGGAAGCCAUCUAGACGACCUACAGGAAACCUUUGAAACACUUCGGCGAUAUAAGAUGAAGUUGAACCCAAGCAAGUGUGCAUUCGGAGUAUCGUCGGGAAAGUUUUUGGGGUUCAUGGUCUCGCAAAGAGGAAUUGAGGCAAAUCCGGACAAGAUCCAGGCUAUAUUGAACAUGGAGCCACCGAAGAGUAUCAAGGAAGUCCAAUCACUAACAGGACGAGUUGCCACUUUGAACAGGUUUGUUUCGAAAGCCACAGAUAAGUGUUUACCUUUCUUUAAAGUCCUCAGGAAGGCAUUUGAGUGGACGGACGAAUGCCAAAGGGCCUUCCAAGACCUGAAAGACUAUCUCACAACUGCCCCAUUAUUAAGUCCAUCCGUGCAAGGAGAAGAACUGUACCUAUACUUAGCGGUGUCCCCACACGCCGUAAAUUCAGCUUUAAUCAGAGAAGAGGGGAAAAUACAAAAGCCGGUGUACUACACUAGCCGGGCACUCAGAGGAGCAGAAGGAAGAUAUCCGCUCAUGGAGAAAUUGGCUUUUGCACUAAUAACGGCUUCUAGGAAGUUAAGACAUUACUUCCAAGCAAUGAACAAGCUGGAAGCCGCAGGACGACUGAUUCAGUGGGCAGUUGAACUUAGUGAAUUCGACAUUCGGUACCAACCGAGAAAUGCAAUAAAGGCUCAAGCCCUAGCAGAUUUCAUCGCAGAGUUCACUCCAAGUUACGAAGACCUGGGGGAAGGAGAGUACAACAACAAAUGGGUCGUCCAUGUAGAUGGAUCGUCUACAUUAUAUGCUGGAGGAAUAGGAGUUGUUUUGCAGUCGCCAGAAGGGGACAAAUUGAAAUACAAGGCCCGUCUGCAAUACCAGACUACUAACAAUGAAGUGGAGUAUGAAGCCCUUUUAAAGGGGUUGGAACUGGCCAAAUCCGUAGAAGCAGACUCAAUACUUGUCCUGGGAGAUUCUCAAUUGGUCAUAGGCCAAGUCAAUGGGAUAUGUGAAGCCAAGGAAGACAGAAUGAAGAAAUAUCUAAGGAAGCCAGCAGAAUAUCUCACGCCAAUGAUGGCCCCUUGGCCUUUCGCACAAUGGGGACUUGACAUUUUGGGGCCCUUUUCGACUGGAACUCGGCAAAUGAAGUUUUUGGUGGUGGGAAUAGAUUACUUCACAAAAUGGGUGGAAGCCGAACCCUUGGCCAAAAUUACGCAGCAGAAUGUCAAGAACUUCUUCUGGAAGAACAUUGUAUGCAGAUUCGGAGUACCUAGGGUGCUAGUGUCUGACAAUGGACGACAGUUUGACAACACACCUUUCAGGGAAUUUUGUGAACAGCUUGGAAUAAAGAACCAUUACUCCUCACCCUCCCACCCACAAGCCAAUGGCCAGGCAGAAGUAGCGAACCGAUUCUUGCUGAAGAUCAUCAAGACUCGGCUCGAAGGGGCAAAGGGAAUAUGGCCGGAUGAAUUACCAGGUGUUUUAUGGGCUUAUAGAACGACAGCGAGAACUCCAACAGGAGAAACUCCUUUUAAACUAGCCUACGGAAGCGAGGCAGUUAUACCAGCAGAAGUACACAUGACGAGCCACAGGGUGAGGAAGUAUCAAACUGAAGAAAACGAGGAACAGCUCCGUCUUAACCUUGACCUUAUGGACGAGGUCAGGAUGGAUGCAGAACAGAGGACAGCAAGGUACAAAAAUCUCAUGGCAAGACAAUAUGACGCUAUGGUGAAGCCUAGGCAUUUCAACAUCGGGGAUCUCGUCUUGAAGAGGGUUACCUUGGCAACAAAAAACCCGGCCUACGGGAAACUUGGCCCAAACUGGGAAGGACCUUAUAGGGUUAUCAACUGCAAAAGACAAGGAUCCUACUAUUUGGAAGCUUUGGAUGGGCGGAGGCUGGAACACCCUUGGAAUGUUGAGCACCUCAGGAAGUACCAUCAAUAA